GUUACUGCUGUUCGGCUUGUUGCUUUGCAGGUGUAUAGAUUGCACGCGUCGCUUGUUCGGCUCCUUCGUGGCUGUUCGACUUCGCUCCUUCUACGACUUUCCCUUCCUGUCGGAUCGGAAGUUACGACAUUCUGAUCGGAAGCAAGAACGGGACCUCGCUGGCUGUGAAGGUAACUUACGCUCUUUCGCGCGCAUCUUCGGCUAAAUCUCGUUAAAUCCGCCGAACCGAGGGAUUUAGUAAAUCCGGGAUUUAAGCCGUAAAUCAGUAAAUCCGGGAUUUACAGAAUCCCGGGAUUUUAAGCGCGCACAAAAACCGUUUGGCUGGAUUUAGCGUAAAUCCGACUUAAGUCCCACGAUAAAUCCGAUACCAAACAGCCCCGAGAUUGCACGAGUCACUCUGCUCCUUCGUUGCUGUUCAACUUCGCUCCUUUCGACGGCGUUCUCUUCCUGUCGGAUCACAAGUUUUUUCAUCGGAAGCAACUACGAGAGCUCGCUCGCUGUGAAGGAUUUAGGGCAAAAAGAGAGAAACGGAGGGGAGCUCAAAUCCCGUUUGGCAGGAUUUAGCAGAAAUCCUGUUGCAAAACAGCCACAUGGAUGCGGAGAUGGAGAUUUCCCAUCUUCCGGGGAAUGAACAAUUUUCCUUGGAAGACAUUGCUGCCGCCGUUCUCGCUAGGUUCCAGAAUUCUCCACAGGAGGAACACCGUAAUAUCUGUGCCACAGUUGGCGCCAUUUCUCUGGCCCUCAAGGAGCAGGGUCUGGCACUCACACCUGUUACAUAUUUUGCCGCCGCCGUUUCCUCCUUUAUCCGAUUAAUCGGCGAUCCAUCUACCGCGGGUGGAGACCCAGAUGUCGCAGCUAUCAUUUGUUUCAUUUCUAUCAUACUCCCCAGAGUGCCUCCUGCCAUUCUUAAAAAUAAAGGGGGUAUCUUUUCUGAAAGCUUAGCUCAAGUUUUAGGAUACCGAUCGCUUCCUGUGGAUGGGGUGAUUGCAGCGCUCAAGUGUAUAUCGCAUUUGCUCGUAAUUAGUGACAAGUCCAAUUGCUCCAUCAUGUCACAACUAUAUGGGAUUCUUCUGAACUAUGUAACAGAUAACAAUUCUAAGGUGAGAAAACAGUCUUAUGCCUGCUUACAUGAUGUUUUACAAAGUUUCCAAGGAUCUACAGUAUUGUUAUUAGCAAGUGAAGGUAUUACCUCUGCUCUUGAGAGAUUCCUACUGCUCUGUGGAUCAAAUCCUCCUAAUUCAGUUGCCGUGGAAGAGUCCAAAGGAGCUAGAGAAGUUCUAUAUAUUUUAAAUGCUUUAAAGGACUGUAUUGACCUGAUUUCAAUAAAAUCUACAAACAUUAUUCUGAAAUACUGCAAAUACUUAUUGGAUAUGCGACAAUUAAGUGUCACUAGGAGUAUUAUGGAGGUUUUGCAGACUUUAUGUUCUAGACAAGCUUCAAACUUUUCUCCUGAGUUCUUACUUGAGCUAUUGUGCUCCUUGGCGCACUUUAUACCUGAAAAGGAGAAAUCAGCUGAUGGCUUGGCAUCUGUAGCACGCCUACUAAAUUUGGGAACCAAAAGAGUAUUUUGUUUAAAUAGGAAUAUGUGUGUUGUGAAGCUUCCAAUAAUCUUUAAUUCCCUUGGAGAAAUUUUGGCUGGUGAGCACGAGGAAGCUAUUUUUGCUGCGACAGAGGCACUGAAGAGUUUAAUAUAUUCUUGCCUUGAUGAGAACUUGAUCAAGCAAGGAAUUGAACAGUUAAACCUGAAUCAUGGAGGAGGAUUAAGGAAGUCUGGUCCCACAAUCAUUGAAAAGAUAUGUGCUAUUAUAGAAGGCUUUCUUGAUUUCAGGUACAAUGCAGUGUGGGAUGUGGUUUUUCAGGUCAUCUCUGCUGCAUUUGAUCAACUAGGGAGACAUUCAGCAGAGCUGAUGGCGGGAAUAAUGAGAAAUCUUGCUGAUAUACAAAGCUAUCCUGAUGAUGAAUUUUCUUAUAAAAAGCAGCUUCAUGAAUGCCUUGGCUCAGCACUUGCUGCGAUGGGCCCUGAGAAAUUUCUAUGCUUGUUGCCACUCAAUCUUGACGCAGAAGAUGUUACUGAUUGGAAUGUGUGGGUACUUCCUAUUUUAAAGCAAUACACAGUUGGCGCUGAAUUGCAUUUUUUUUCUCAGUACAUUUUGGGUAUGGUCAGCCUUUUAAAGCAGAAAUCACUGAAGUUGGAGAGAGAUGGACGCAUUUUCUCAGCUCGUAAUGUAGAAGGCCUUAUAUAUUCUUUGUGGUCCCUAUUCCCUUCUUUUUGCAACUAUCCAGUUGAUGCAAAUACUAGUUUUAAAGAAAUUCAAGACAUACUGUGCAACACGCUCCGUCAGGAAUCUGAACUGCAUGGGAUCAUCUGUUCGGGCCUCCAGAUUCUCAUUCAACAAAAUAAAAGUGCAUCCCAGGAAAGAUUUGACAUGUCAGAUGAGGAGCUAAGUUUUCCCGUGAGGAAAGCUAAGGAAAUUUACACAGCAAAUUUUGCACGGGAAAACUUAUACAUUUUGGGGUCAUCUUCUAAAUUUUUGUCAGUUUUGUCAGAGGUUUUCUUGGAAGCGCCAAAUGAUAGUGGUGGAUGCUUGCAGUCCACUAUCCAUUUGUUCGCCUCUAUAUCAGAUAGAGCAACUGUAAAAAAAAUAUUCAGAAAAAAUAUGAUAGAGCUACUUAAAGUAACCAAACAAGUUAUCAAAUUUAAGGAAUCUAAGGAGUCAUCUUCCAUGCAAGUUGACAAUUUACCUGAUGAAGCUUCUUUGACACGUGCAAGGGCUCUUAGGCUAGAAUUGGCAGCUAUGCUUGUCUCCGGUUUGGAUGAAGAAGAGAUUGAUCUGCUAUUCAGUGCCACUAAACCUGCACUCCAGGAUGAAGAAGGGCUUAUGCAGAAAAAAGCAUAUAAAAUUCUUUCACUUAUUCUUAAGGAGUCUAAUGGAUUUUUGUCAAAUAAGUUGGAUGAGUUGCUUCAGUUGAUCAUCACGGCAACUGCAUCUUGUCAUUUUUCUGCAAAACGCCACCGUCUUGACUGCUUAUAUUAUGUAAUUGUUCAUAUUUCCAAGGAAACAUCAUCCGAGCAAAAGACGAGGGAAUUCCUUAGUGCAUUUUUAACCGAAAUACUGCUUUCCUUGAAAGAGACAAAUAAAAAAACUAGAAAUAAAGCGUAUGACUUGUUGGUCGAAAUCGGACAUGCAUGCAGGGAUGAAGAGCGUGGUGGGAAAACAGAAAACCUGCACCAGCUUUUUAGUAUGGUUGCUGGAGGUCUGAUUAGUGAAAGACCACAUAUGGUCAGUGCUGCUGUCAAAGGUCUAGCUCGCUUGGCAUAUGAGUUUUCUGAUCUCUUAAGUUCUGCCUACAAGUUGCUCCCAUCUUCAUUUCUCCUAUUACAGAGGAAAAAUCGUGAAAUAAUCAAAGCUAAUUUAGGUUUGAUCAAAGUAUUGGUUGCAAAAUCUAAAGCUGAUGGUUUGGAAACACAUUUGAAGGGUAUAGUUGAAGGUUUGUUGAAAUGGAGAGAUGAGACUAAAAAUCAAUUUAAAGCGAAGAUUAAAUCUCUUAUUGAGAUGCUUGUGAGUAAAUGUGGUGUAGAUGCUGUUAAGGCAGUAAUGCCUGAAGAACACCUGAAACUUCUAAAAAACAUUCGCAAGAUUAAGGAGCGAAAAGAAAGGAAAACUAAAUCUCAGGAAGAUGUUAAUUCGUUGUACUCAAGAACAAGUGUUUCCAGGCACAGUAGAUGGAAUCAUACCCGCAUAUUUUCUGAUAUUGGAGAUGAGGAUGGAGGUGAAGGAAGUGAUAUUGAAAAUGGAGUAGCACGCAGGACCUCUUUUCAUGCUUCCAGAGCUUCAUUAAGGUCCAGCCGAAUGCGUAAGUUAUUUAAGAAGAGCUUGCCAGAAGACUUACUAGAUCAGUCAGAUGAUGAUCCACUCGACUUAUUGGAUCGCAGGACGACCAGAUCGGUCCUUCUGUCGACAUCAAAGCCCAAUAGGAAAGUGGAAGAUUGCGACGACAAGCCAGAAAUGGAUAAUGAUGGCCGUCUCAUUGUGCGCGAUGAUUGUGUCAAACCCAAGCCACAGAAAAAUUCUUCAGAUCCUGUUUCUGAUACAAGAAGCUUAACUAGUAGCCGCAAAUCAGGAAAAUCUUUAUUGAGCUCACAGAGGAAGCGCCAGAAGACGGAGUCUGGUUGGUCUUAUACAGGAGUUGAAUACACCAGCAAAAAAGCUGGUGGUGAUUUGAAGAAGAAAGGCAAGCUGGAGCCCUAUGCUUAUUGGCCUCUCGAUCGCAAACUUCUCAACCGAAGAGUGGAUCGAAAAGCUGUGGCUCGCAAGGGCAUGGCCAGUGUCAUGGUGAGAAAAGAUCUUAAAAAGCUUGAAGGAAAGAGUGCUUCCAGGGCUCUGGCAGGAACUCCUAAGAGGAAAAGGGGCUAAAAGUAAGUUAUGAUGAUUUGGUAUAUUUUGACAAUCAAAGCAGUUAGAGUGAUGCUGUUUUAUAUCAGUUAUAGGAUGUUGAUUUUGAGCUUUAAAAGGGAGGAACAGCUUAUUAAGUUAAUGAGCACAAAAAGGAAAACUUCCAAAGCUAGAAAAAAAUAUCAAUUGUUUACUCCAUAUGUCGGAUAAGCUUAUUUUUUUGGCAAACUGUAGCUAUGUUGAUUCUUGUGAAAGGAGUAUUCAUCAGUUUUGCUGUUUGUUUU